AUGCCGUCAUAUAACAUUGUCGUUUUCGGUGGUGACCACUGCGGUCCAGAGGUGACCGCUGAGGCAAUCAAGGUCCUCCGUGUGGUUGAGAAGUGCCGUGACGAUGUCAGCUUCAACCUGCAGGAUCACCUGCUCGGCGGUGCGUCCAUUGAUGCGACCGGAUCUCCCCUGACCGACGAGGCGUUGAACGCUGCGAAGAGCGCCGAUGCCGUCCUCCUCGGUGCCAUUGGUGGACCGAAAUGGGGAACCGGUGCCGUCCGCCCAGAACAGGGUAUUCUCAAGCUGCGCAAGGAGAUGGGCACAUUCGGCAACCUGCGGCCGUGCAACUUCGCCGCCCCCUCGCUGGUCGACAGCUCCCCUCUCCGCCCCGAAGUCUGCCGCGGCGUCGACUUCAACAUCAUCCGCGAACUGACCGGCGGUAUCUACUUCGGCGAGCGCAAGGAGGAUGACGGCAGCGGCUAUGCCAUGGACACGGAGCCGUACUCGCGCGCAGAGAUCGAGCGCAUCACCCGUCUCGCGGGCCAUCUGGCUCUGCAGCACAACCCCCCUCUCCCCGUGUGGAGUUUGGACAAGGCCAACGUCCUGGCCACCAGCCGUCUGUGGCGGAAGACCGUGACGGAGGUCAUGGAGAAGGAGUUCCCGCAGCUGCAGAUCGGACACCAGCUUAUCGACUCUGCUGCCAUGAUCAUGGUCAAGGAGCCCCGGAAGCUGAACGGUAUCAUUGUCACCAGCAACCUGUUCGGUGAUAUCAUCAGUGACGAGGCGAGUGUCAUCCCCGGUUCGCUUGGUCUGUUGCCCAGUGCCAGCUUGAGCGGUAUCCCCGACGGAAAGUCCAGAGUCAACGGUAUUUAUGAGCCUAUUCACGGAUCUGCCCCCGACAUUGCCGGCAAGGGCAUCGUCAACCCCAUCGCCGCCAUCCUCUCCGUCGCCAUGAUGAUGCAGUACUCCCUGAACCGUUUCGACGACGCCAAGAUCAUCGAGACCGCCGUCCGCAAUGUGAUCGAGGCCGGUGUCCGGACCGCCGACAUUGGCGGCAAGGCGACGACCAGCGAGGUGGGCGAUGCUGUUGCCGCUGAGCUGGAGAAGUUGUUGAAGUAG